ACUGAUGUCAAAUCAGAUGUGAAAAGCAUGUGCUUGUUUACGUUUUCUUGAAUCGUAAAUUUUAUAAAAAAUAUUAAAAUGACUAUGGAUAGUAGUAAUUUAAAUCGAGAAUUGACUGGGGUACUUUUUCCUGGAAUCGUAAAAAAUGAUGAGAAAGCAAUCGCUUGUUUGGGUGGAAUAAGAAAUAUAUCGCAGGUGUAUAGCAAUGCUGCCAAGAAACGACUAGGAUUAUCCUACCAGCCGCAUAAUCCAUUUAUCAAGAAAAUAUUUAGCAAUGCAAAGAGAACUGCAGGAGUUUUACUUAAGGUGAAAGUGAAGAAAAUAAAAGAUGGAAAUGAAAUAAGGCGGGAACUUAUAUCCACUGUUGUUGUUGGAUCUGUUAAAACAAUGUUUAGAUUUGAAUCGAUGUGUGACUUCCAAUACAUGCCAGUUCAUACAGAAGGCCCCAGUACUGCUAAACCAAAGUGUAUCUUAGAAAAUGUAUUACCAUCAGGAGUGGACACCUUUGAUUUUAUGUUGGAACCGGCACCUCUCAUGCUUAUCCCAGCCAGUUUCACACGUUUUGAGAAACCUAUAUGCUAUGCAUACACCGACAAAAGGUAUCCAGACCGCGCCUCUCCAGAGCGAGGGGAAAGUGUUCACAGUAAGACUAGAAUGUUGCGAGGAACCCAAGUGUCCCCAUAUGUGUUCAACCUCACAGAUGAUUUGCCAACUGAACCCCAUGAAACUUAUUUACGGCAAAAAGAUUUUAAGCUCGAAACAAAUCCACGGUUGUUAGAGGAGAUUGAAAUUAUUAAAAAGCUCUUUGAGGAGAGACCUAUUUGGUCAUUAAACUUGAUAAGAUAUCAAACAAAAAUCAGGAUAAUAUCAUUGAAAGUGAUCAUGCCUUGCUUAGCUCUAUAUAUGAAAACUGGUCCAUGGAGGUCUAUGUGGGUGAAGUUCGGAUACGAUCCUAGGAAGGACCCUCAAGCAAGGAUAUAUCAGACUUUAGACUUCAGGUUAAGACAUGCAGCGGGCGUGCGCUCCAUGAUAAUGUCUCGUGACGAGACGUCGACGGACCGGGAGCGCAACUUGAAGCGGAAGUUGACGGAAGUGGCCGCGUCCGCGUCCGAGGAGGUCGCAGAGGGGACUGUUUACUUCCGACCCGGCAUGACGCCGACACAGCGACAUAUAUUCUAUCAGUACUGUGACAUACAGUUACCGGAAGUGGAAGAGAUACUGGCAGUAGAGCCCCCCCCUGGGUACCUGUGUCACAUAAAGCGCGGCUGGUUACCGCCCAACACGGAUGAGAUCUGCCGCGACCAUAUGUUCCGAUAUGUUAAGGAUACACUGUUCAAUUCGAGCGCUACUGACUUGAAGUUUGAGGAGCAUGGGAGUGGCAGCGACAGUGACUCAAAUUCAGACGAUGACACUACUGUUAACGAAAUGGAUGAAACCUGAAACUAAAUAUAUUAUUUGUAAAUAUA